GAUGAACUCUCGCAGAGCUACAUUGUUAAGCUGGAAGGUUUAAGUGGCCUGGCUAGCCAGCAGAGGAGCAAGUGCGUUGAUUAGCGCACUGAAUUGGCACAAAAGAUGCGUGAGAUGAAGGCGUAGCUGCACUUUGACCACAUGAUAAGCGCAGAUGUUGACGCCCGUCCUGUCUUUCGGCAAUCUGAUGCUGUCAGUCUCGAUUGCGAAGCAGCCACGAUGGCCACGCACGAAAGGAGCUGCAAGCACUUCAGGGAGCUGGUCGUUAAGGAGCGCCCUGGGUUGCUCCACAUCCACUUCCAGCGGCAAUGGAAUCGCCGCACCAUCUACGAACUGAUGCGCGCGCUGGAUCUGGCCACUGCGGAUCCCGGUGUUCAGCUGGUGGUGCUGUCGGGGGAGUUCUCUGCAGGAUGCGGGGGCGAAAAGGAACCGCUGGCCCUGAGACAGGGUCAGGAGAAGAGAAUGCGGCAGUUGGCGAGUCAGCUGAAAGCGGUCAGUAGCGACGAUGCCGAGGAACAGUACAUCCCCGAGAAGGCGGCCAACUUUGUGAUGCGCUCGAUGGCCAAAAAGCUACUUGGGCAUCGUAAGCUCCUGGUGGCCUUCGUCGAGGCCCAGUGUGUGGGUCUGGGCCUCAGCGUGAGCAGCCUGUGCGACCUGGUCUUCGCCACGCCGUCCGCCAGCUUUGAGCCCGCCUUUUCACACCUGGACCCCUGCACCCAGGUGGGCCCCGCGUGGACUGUGUCCCACGUCAACUGGCUGCUGCGCCUGGGCGAUCGGGCGGAUGCCAGCUCUGCCCACCACAGCGGCCUGGUGACCAGCGUGGUGAGCGAUGCGCAGGGGUUCUGGCAUCGCAUGGCUCAGUACUCCCUCCUGCCCACCGCUUCCUUGCUGGCAACAAAGAGUCUCCUGCUUCGCCCUUGGCGGGAAUCCUUGUUGAACGAGCUGCGCGCGGAAGGCACUCCGAUGGCUGCGCAGCGCCGACGCCUGGCUAAAUACAAGCUGUAG